CGGAGACAUACAGGAUGAGUGAGGUCUGAAAAACAUACAAAAGUGAGUCCUCCUGACCGUCUUUGUGGCUUUGGUGUUUGUAGUAAAGGAUGAUGGAGAUCAACGCGGAGCUCAUGAAGAGGCGCGAACGAGACGCUUGCAGUGGAUGAAGUCCAUCCUGGCGAGGCGGAGACAUGGAGCCAGACGUCAUGGUGGUGCACCCGUCACAACCUUCUCUGGAUGUGCGGGAUGAUUUACCAUCAGAGGAAGAGUUUGGUGAUUUUGGAGGUCUCUCCGAUGAGAUCCCCCUUCAGCCUUCUCCAUCCAGCCUCGUCUCACAGCAUCCACCUACAGAAACACCAGCUUCACAUCAGCCCAACUUGCAGCAGUGCAGACUCACGAGCCGCUUGAGCGAGGAGCCGACCACGGUCUUAUCCAACGGGUUGUCCAGCGCGGCUGCUCAGGAGGAGACGGGGUUUGCUGAUUUCACCGUGCUGACGGAGGAAGCUUCACACUCCUGGUGCUGUGGCUUCUCUCCGGUGGCAGAACAGUGGAGCAAUGAAACCGGAAAAGCCCACAGGCUGAAUAAAGCACCACAGGAGGUCGUGGUAGAACCCAAGUCCAGUUGUGUGUCGGUGAAGAAGGAUUGCACUGGAGUAAGAUCCCAGCUCUCUCAGGCAGCCGUCACUGGUCCAGGCUGUGUUUGGGACAGGAAGGAGCCGUCAGAGAGGGAGGUCGCCGACGGGGGUCAGGAGUCGCCCGCCGACAGCUCCUUCUGUGACGACAUUUCCUUCGAGGGUUGCUCUGAGGACCUGGAACACAAUGUGUCGUCACUUGCUUGCACUUCUCCAGAGGACCAGACGGACGUGGAGGAGGAUGAAGAAGAGAGGAGCAUUUCAAGUCUGGGAGGAGGGAUGGAGUUCUGUCUCACCCGGGCAGCUCAGGAAACGUCUGCUACCUCCACUCACGAGAGACCUGUGGCCAGCAGGCUCCAGGCGGCCGAGGUGCCUUGUCUCAGCAGCCUCCCGCCCAGUGACAGCUUCGCGGAUUUCUGCUCUGCACGUGAGGACGAAGACGGGAGCUGGGAGGAGUUUGAGGCGCACAAGACCGUGGAGCAGAACGGGACGGGCCAUUUGGUGCUCCAGAAGGACGAGCAGGAAGAAGCAAAGCCACAGGUGUCCGACCGUGUCCAGAACCUCGUCCACAACAGCUUCCCUGAGGGAGAUGGGGAGGAGGAAGAGGAGCAGGAGGUACCGAGCCUGGGCGCUCUGCUCCACCUCUCUGGGUUUGAGGAGGAGAAAGAGGCGACGCCCGCACUUUCUCUGACUUCAUCGAGGGUGCAGCGAGGCUGCUGGUGGCCUCAUCGGGAGCUCCACACAGCAGUGGGCCUCCAGUUUCAGUGGGCUGGUUCCCACACCAACAGGUCUCUGCUCAGGUGCCUGGGUGUGGACACGAAGAACAUUGUGUUUGUUGGGGUGAAGAAGCAGCCUGUUUGUGUACCAGCCUUCGCCUCCAGCCUGGGAAUGCUGGAGCCCACCAAAGACUCUUCUUCAGGUGCCGCUGUGGCUUCAGAGCGCAGACACUCAUUGAACUCAGAACAGGCAGAGGAGCGCGGUGAUGCUGGAGUCGCAGGUGAAGGGUGCGGCUCUGUGCUUUCCCAGGAUCCUCUGUCUUCCAGCCUGCUGGUCGCCAGCAGCCGUGGCCUUAGCAGCUCUCAGGACGGCUGCUGCACUCUGGACCUGGACUAUUUUGGUCCAGAGGAGGAGAGUGGAUCCAGCAGGGGCUCCAACACUCCUCCACCAGGAGUGGACCCUGAGCUCUACAACCUGACCGUCUGCAGGCUGGAAGUCAGCAUGAAGAGGCUGGAGAACGCUCUGAGUGACCUGAUGGCUGCUUCAGAGAACACGUCCGUCAGACGGCCUGACCCGGAGGAGGAGCUGAGUCCAGAGGCCAGCAGGACACUGUCCGCUCUGCCCAGCCUGUCUUUCAUGAAGGCCGCCUUCCUCAUGUUCCCCUGCAGCCUCGCUGAGGAACCAUCAAAUACAUAGAAGCUUUGACACUGAACUGUCUUGGGGUCAUGACCUUUGAUCAUAUUGCGCCGCGAGGUUUCAUUUUUGAGCGAACUACUCCAUCUGCUGGCGAACAACAUGACGUCCCAUUUCUUCACUCCUUCAUACGCACUAUUUUCGACAUUAUUUUUUUUAAAUUCAGGUGUUCGGCUGACUUGUGGCUGCAGAGAAGCUCACAUCGGUGGAUCGUUGGUAACCGCUCGGACAUGACACCGCAGUGUGAUGGACCGCACCGUGCACUGCGGUGUUGUUGUAUUGCUAUUUUCAUCUAUUAGUGUAUGAAUGAGAAGUGAGUUUGAAUCGUCUCAUGGA